ACGGUCCUUAUCUAGAUCAUGUCUUGAUGUAUUGGAAAGCUUACCAAGAGAAUCCAGAUCAUAUUUUGUUCCUCAAGUAUGAGACGAUGAGAGCUGAUCCAUUGCCGUAUGUGAAGAGAUUGGCUCAGUUUAUGGGCUAUGGAUUCACAGCUGAGGAAGAGAAGAAAGGUGUUGUUGAGAAAGUUGUGAAUGUUUGCAGUUUCGAGACGUUGAAGAAUCUUGAAGUCAAUGAAGGGGAGAAGAUCAGAGACGACAUCCCUCGGGUUGUAUAUCCGAAUAGCGCGUAUUUUAGAAAGGGAAAGGUCGGAGAUUGGCAAAACUACCUGACUCAAGAGAUGGCAGCUCGAAUCGAUGGGUUGAUGCAAGAGAAGUUCAAAUGUUCUGGUUUGCUUGAACAUGAUAUAUGACCUGUUGGUUAAUCGAUCUGGCCAUGACUCAUCCGGAUAUGCUUAGUGUCACAGCACACGCUUGUAUUGAGUUCUAAAUUGGAAGAAUAAAUCUAGCUUUAUUUA